CUAGAAAGUAGAUCAAGGUGAAUUACCCUUUAACUUAUACUGGAGGUGUUUAUUCACACUUAGGAAACAUACGUAUGAAUAAUUAAUUGCUAAACGAAACAUUUUAAUACAUAGAACAUUUUGGGAAAAAAAGAAGCAUCAUUCACUUGCAAAAUGUUUCAUGACAUUACUGAUCAAUAGAGGCAAUAUACAUCAGCAGUGACAAGCCUUCAUCAUCAUCCUCUUUAACAAUGCCACUGACUAGACCUUAUGAAAAUGCGCGCAACCUCUGCUCACGUCUAUCACGCUACAUCCCAGAACUGCAUCCAGAACCACCGCCUAUAAUUAAAAAUUAUGGCCGUUGUCCAUAUUUUUAUAAACUACGUCUUGGUACAAGAGAUUUAGUUGAAAAGUACAACGGGGAUAUGCUGCCGUCUAUGCACAGGUUAUCAUCUGUACCGAGAGAUUCAAUCGGCACGCAUUCAGAUGAUGUGAAAAUUCAAAAUUAUCAAUGGCUAAUGAAUAAGAAGUUAACUUGCAUACUUUUAUGGUUAGGUGUGAUUAUCUUGAUAGUUGGAAUUAUUGCCCUACAGAUUGCAAGUUUUUUUCAACACAAAAGACAAGAUAUAUUAUCAAUUGGAGUUGGCUGCUUAAGUUCUGGUCUUUGUCUUCUAUCUGUUACAAUGUUCACCUUCUUACAUGCACAUGUUUUUAUCUACGAAAUACCUGAAGAUGACACUGCAAACGAGUACCAAGAGACUACUAGAAGAGGGGAAGAAGUAUGCAUCGUUGAAGAUGAAAACGAAACGAACAAAUCUAAACACGAUAAUAGACGAUCAUCUUAGAUUUGAACUUCCCACUUCAUUUUCUUUUUGCUACCUACUAUAUUGGCAUGAAUUUGUUCGUUCGAUUGUUCGAUUGUUUAAUUGUUUGACUUUCAUUUAUUCAAUCUUAUUUAGAGUGAAUAACAUUUUCUUCAAUUAUAUUAUCUAUCACUGCUAGUUGAACAAGUGUGGUUACACUUUUAUGGGUCAAUUUUGUUCGGUUUGUUCUUUUUGUUUUUUUUCUUCUUAUUCUUCUCUUCAUCAGAAUCAAAAAAAAAUUACAAGCGAAAUAAAUUUUCUUGUAAAUAAAUAUAAAAAGUUCAAAAAUAUGAAUUUCUUUUACUUUGUGCUUUGUUCAAUGUUUACUGUUUUAG